AUUCUACCGGCGCGGAAAAACGAAAAUUUGCGGUACCAGCUAGAGAUGGCUCUACGGCUUGUUUCCCGGACGUUGUCACCUUUGAUUACAUCAGGUUUCCGUCGAAAAAUUGGAGCUGCUACUAGUUAUGUGCCUUCCUUUGAAACAGUUCAUAUGCCGGAGACUGAAGUUACUACAUUGGGAAGUAAUGGAUUUAGAGUAGCGUCUGAAAAUUGGAAUACACCUACAUGCACGGUUGGUGUCUGGGUGGAUGUCGGCAGCCGUUGGGAGGCGGAUUCCAAUAAUGGGGUCGCUCACUUCCUUGAGCAUAUGGCGUUUAAAGGUACUGAUAAAAGAAGCCAGCAGUCUUUGGAACUUGAAGUCGAAAACAAAGGGGCUCAUUUGAAUGCGUACACCUCUCGCGAAAUGACUGUAUAUUAUGCAAAGUGUUUUACCGAAGACUUGCCUUGGGCUGUGGAGUUAUUAUCAGACAUAUUAAAAAAUAGUAGAUUUGAGAGCGCACAAGUUGAGCGUGAAAGAGGAGUUAUUUUACGUGAAAUGGAGGAAAUUGAGAGUAAUUUCCAAGAAGUUGUUUUUGACUACCUCCAUGCAACUGCUUACCAGGGGACUCCUCUUGGAAGAACAAUCCUUGGUCCAAUUGAGAAUGUCAAGUCUUUGAAAGCUGAAGAUAUGCGUGAUUUUGUCAAACUUAAUUAUAAAGCCUCGCGGAUGGUACUUAGCGCUGCAGGAGGUAUUAAUCAUAAACAGCUAUGUGAGCUGGCUGACAAACAUUUUGGCGACUACCCAGCCACCUACAAUGAACAGGGUAUACCCAUCUGCGAACAUUGCCGCUUUACUGGCUCCGAAAUCCGUGAUAGGGAUGAUGCUAUGCCACUGGCUCAUGCUGCUGUGGCAUUUGAAGGUCCCGGAUGGUCAAACCCGGACACACUAGCUCUCAUGGUUGCUAGCAGUUUGCAUGGUGCCUGGGAUAGAAGCUAUGGUGGAGGGUUUAAUGUUGCUAGUAAACUUGCCGCCAAGUUUUUUAAAGAGAGUUCGGUACACAGUUUUCAACACUUCUUUACUUGUUACCAUGACACCUCUUUAUGGGGAGUAUACCUAACAGCAGAGAGGAUGGGGUUAGGUGAAUCUGUCCUUGAGUUUAUGAAGGAAUUUGUUCGUAUUUGUAGUCAAGUCAAGUCGCAUGAAAUCGCUAGAGCCAAAAAUCAGUUGAAGACACAUCUUCUUUUGCAGCUGGAUGGCACUACUCCUACUUGUGAAGAGAUUGGUCGGCAUAUGUUAGUUUAUGGUCGUCGUAUACCCAUAACUGAAUUGCUCGCCAGAAUCGACGCACUCACAGAUGAGCACAUUAGAGAAACGUGUUCAAAAUAUUUAUUCGAUAAAUGUCCUGCUGUCGCAGCUAUUGGUCCUGUUGAAACAUUGCCUGACUACGGUUGCAUUCGUGAUCAAACUUGGUGGCUUCGUCUAUAGGAAAGUAUCCUUUGCUUUAAGUGAUCUAGUGGCCAUUGUUUGUCAGAUUUAAUGUUGCAUUGCAGUUACUGUAUGUCGUUUUAUAAUUAUACAGAUAGUUCUGUGAUUGAUACUGUACAACAUAAUUUUAUGUUAAGUAGUG